GCCGCCAUUUUAGAAAUGGCGGCUCCACUAGGAGGCAUGUUCUCCGGGCAGCCACCGGGACCUCCGCCACCCCCGCCGGGCCUCUUGGCCCAGGCUUCGCUUCUUCAGGCCACACCAGGCGUUCCGAGGACUUCUAACAGUACCUUGGUGGACGAGUUAGAGUCAUCGUUCGAGGCUUGUUUUGCUUCUCUGGUGAGUCAGGAUUAUGUCAAUGGUACAGAUCAGGAAGAAAUUCGAACUGGUGUUGAUCAGUGUAUCCAGAAAUUUCUAGAUAUUGCGAGACAGACAGAAUGUUUUUUCCUACAAAAAAGAUUGCAGUUAUCUGUCCAGAAGCCAGAGCAAGUUAUCAAAGAGGAUGUCUCGGAACUGAGGAACGAAUUACAGCGAAAGGAUGCUCUGGUCCAGAAGCACUUAACAAAACUGAGACAUUGGCAGCAGGUGCUGGAGGACAUCAACAUGCAGCACAAAAAGCCAGCCGACAUCCCUCAGGGUUCCCUGGCCUACCUCGAGCAGGCAUCUGCAAAUAUCCCUGCACCGAUGAAGCAAACCUGAGGAAAAGCCACCUGAACAUGAGCUGGUUCAUGAGUCAGCCCAGACACAGUUUUGCCAAACCUCACUUCUUGUAGACAUGACAUUUUGGGAGAACUCUUUGCCAGAGAGUGAGAUGAUUUAGUUUUGCGCUCUCAUCUAAAAAUUUCCCCCUAUUUUUAUAAGCGUUAUUUCUGGAGUACUUUAUAAAAUGCUUAUUGCUUUGGUAAACCAAGUGUAUUGUCUUUAGCAAAAUUUAAGACUGUUAAUAUGAUGCCGUUUACAGAUUCCUUUUUAUGUUUUUGUUUUUUGCUGCUUGUUUUUAUUUUUGUAUGAGUGUUUAUCUCUCUGUUUCCAGUUUUAGAUUAUUUUGUAUGAUCUGAGGGGAAAAGCUUGUAUGAUCUGAUCUGCAUAUCAAAGGAUGAGGAUUUUGGUUGUAGGCCUUUUAUGAUAAUUUACCUAUCAGUGGCAGUAUAUAAAAAUAUGUAAAUUUG